AUGGCAGCAAACGACUACUACGCCGGAGCGCAGAACUUCCCACCCCACCCUCAAGGCAACCAAGCCCCACCACCUCCAUACAAUGCCAACUACGGGCAAGCUCAGCAACCUCCGCCGCGACCUUCGCCCCAGCCAGAGAGCAAGAGGGAUUACUAUCCACCAGUACCACCACAGCCCGGGGCGCCAUGGCAGCAGGCGUACAACAGCCAUCAUCAUCCAAGCCAGCAUUACUAUGGCAGUUCGCAUUCGUACCCACCUCAGCAACAACAACAACAACCCCAUUCCCAAAACUACCCCUACUCCCAACCACCUCCCCCACAAACCAACGGCUACCACCCCCAACAACCGAACGGCUACCCCCCACCACAAAACGGCUACCCACCCCAACAACAACAACAACCGCAAAGUUCCCACCCCGACGACCACCCCCACAAACACCACCACCACCACCGUCAACACGAGAAGAAAGCAUCGCACGAGUCCCGCGACAGCUUCCUCGGCGCCGGCGCCGGCGGCAUCAUCGGCGACGUGUUGCUAGGGCCCGGCGUCGGGACGCUGGGCGGCGCGGUCAUUGGCGCGCUGAGCGGGAACGCGCAUGCGAAGAAGCAGAAGCAGAAGAGUCGGAGUCGGAGUCGGGAUAGCCGGACGAGGAGGAGGAGGAGUCGAAGCGGGAGUCGGGAUGAUGGGUACUGA